ACAAUGAAUCCCAAAAGCCUUUGUUUCAUUGUUCUUGUUGCAAUUUUUGGUGUUUUUGCAUCCAGGGUUGUCAUCAAUACAAUCCCUCAAGUCCUCAGAUAUAUUGUCGAUUUCACUAUAUCCCUCUCUUCAUGGUCACCCAUCGUUGUGAAGUUCAUCCCGUUCAACUUCGACAGCCUUCGUCGACAUCGGAAACACCAUGAUAAGGACAAACCGGUGUCCAUCUGCGAUGACUUCCCUCCCAACUUCCCACCUCCGGAAACCAACACGACUCUAACGCUUUGUGUUGAUCGAAAUGGAUGUUUUAAUUUCACAACGGUGCAAGCUGCCAUUGAUGCAGUCCCAAACCUUAGCAUCAAAAGAACUGUAAUAUGGAUCAACUCGGGCAUUUACUAUGAGAAAGUCAUUAUUCCGAAAACCAAACCUAAUAUUACAUUUCAAGGACAAGGCUAUACAUCAACAGCAAUAGCUUGGAAUGACACUGCACUUUCUGCAAAUGGAACCUUUUACAGUGGUUCAGUCCAAGUUUUCUCCACCAACUUUAUUGCCAAGAACAUAAGCUUCAUGAAUGUAGCUCCUAUACGUCGUCCAGGUGUUGUUGGGGCACAGGCAGUGGCCAUUAGAAUAUCCGGAGACCAAGCUGCCUUCUGGGGUUGCGGUUUCUUCGGAGCACAAGACACCCUUCACGACGACCGUGGCCGCCAUUACUUCAAGGAUUGCUAUAUACAAGGCUCCAUCGACUUCAUUUUCGGGAACGGAAAGUCUCUUUACGAGGAUUGUCAGAUGUUAUCCAUGGCUAACCCUGUGGCACCGGGAUCGAAAUCCAUAAGCGGAGCAGUGACGGCACAUGGACGAUCAUCGGCGGAUGAAAACUCGGGGUUUGCAUUCGUCAACUGCAGCGUGGGUGGCACGGGCAGAAUAUGGCUCGGCCGUGCAUGGAGGCCAUUUUCUCGUGUGGUUUUCGCUUUCACGUCUCUCACGGAUAUCAUUGCACCAGAGGGAUGGAAUGAUUUUAACGAUCCUACACGAGACCAGAGCAUAUUCUACGGAGAAUACAAUUGUACGGGUGCAGGAGCAAAUAUGAGUGGAAGGGCACCGUAUGUUCAAAGGCUGAAUGAUACGCAGGCUUCUCUUUUUCUUACUACGUCAUUUAUCGAUGGGGAUCAAUGGUUGCUAUCUUACCAUACUUAGAACAUCUGUCAAUAUUAU